AUGGCGUCUGGUGCCCGAGUUCUCCCCAACUACUUUCAAGACCAUGUAAUAGGUAACCGGCAAGAUAUCACAGGAAACCGAAAAACUGUUUACGGUGGCAAAGGGGCUGGCUGCUUCACCAAACACUUUGCAGGAAAUGUACCACCAGAGGGUUUGCGAGAUUCAUUUAAUUUCUACAUAAAAUACAUCUGUCAAAAAGAUUAUAAAGAAGAUGGAACCCACUAUGGAACAAUGUUCGACAAGCAAUUUGGAAUUCCGGUGUACUCAGCUUAUACUCUUACAAAAGAUAAGGUAGACUUCAAGGCAUGGACGCGUCCAAAAUGGAGACAAACCGAAGGCAUUGACGAACAAGGUCGCGACGAGAUAUAUCCCAGCUUACCAUUUCACCGAGGGCACUUGGCACCUGCACAUACUUUAUCAGAUACCGGUUAUGAGGGCGCCGGCUUCCGAUCCACUUUCUUUUACACGAACGCGGUGCCACAGCGACCAGCUUUUAACAGUGGUCAGUGGUCUCAGUUUGAGGGAAAGAUACGCGACUAUGCCAUAAAUGACUGUACUAAGGAUGAUGGAACCUUAUAUCUCCUCACUGGAACAUCAUUUAUUAAUUGGGAUCCACAUACAAACCGGUAUAAAAUCAAUGAUCCAAUUAAAGCACCCAAACUGCCUGAGGAGGAUCUUCCUGAAUUCCCUGCCAUAACAAUCCCUAGUUCUCUUUGGACUGCCGGCUGCUGUGUCAAAAAUGGUGAUGCCGUGGGGAAUUUUGCAGUGUUUGGAAACAACGAGGAAGAUGCAAAGGAGACGUAUACUAGCCAAGCGUCCAUAAAUAACUUGCAAACAGUAAUUAAAAAUGAUAGAGCGAGUGGCGAACCAAAGGAAGUCAAAUUGUUUCCAGCAUUCCCGGGUUGCAUGGAUGAUCACAAUCGGGUGAAUCUUGAUGCAUUUAAACGGAGGAGAAUGAAAUAAACUAAA